CAACCCUAUAAAUGCCAAAAAAAAAUCGAACCGCCAGUACCGCCGCCAGUGAAAAGUUUGUUAUCAAAAUAACAGCGAGUUUAAAUUACAUUACAUUUUGCAGUGUUUUACGCCUGAUAUCCAAGAAAAAUGAAUAUGAGUGAACGCUCGUUGCAUCCUUCUCCGGCUCAACUAAAUGCUUUGAUAGACUUCCUCGAGAGACAGCCGCACUUGGCCAAGGGUAUCGCGAAGACCCAACAUGCCAGAGAGAAAAAUAGACGCCAGUGGGAUGAUUUAAGCUUAACUUUAAACAGUAUGGGUGGCACUUAUAAAUCUCCGAAGCAGUGGACCAAAUAUUGGUCUGACAAAAAAAGUGCAGUAAAAAAAAAAGCUGCUGUACGUGCCGCUGCUAGAAGAAAUACUGGUGGUGGACCGGAGGUUGAUGUCAUUGAGCUGUCAGAGGCCGAGGAAAGGAUAGUUGUGUUGUGCGGCGGUGAAACAUUUGGCACUGGAAAUGCUCAUUCAGGCAUCCAUCUUUUUCCGACACCCAACCUAUCACUAGUAAUGCAAUGCUGCAUGACGCUGAUCCAGUCUCACGGUUCCGUAGUGGAGCGAGUUAUAGACGACCCGGCCUUCCAGAAGAUACUGACACUCACUCCGCUCACAGCGGAGGAGCGGGGGCGAGUCACCUCCGAGGGAGUGAGGGGUAUGAUGGAGGAGGAGGAAGAGGAUUGCGGAGAGUUGGAUACAAGCGAAGUGCAGGAACAGGCAAAUGAGACUGAAAUAGAAGUACCAAUUCCAGCUGCGAAUAUAAAAGACGAGACAGGCGUCAUUCACUGGCAGUGUUCGUGCGACGAGAUCUCGGGCCGCCACGACGACGCGUGCGCCGCCGCCGCCGUCGACUAUCUCCAACACUAUCGGAUGAUAUCAGCGUACAGGGCGACGUGUACAAUAUGCGACAAGACGCUGACUUGGACAUCUGUGGCCACACUCAGGAGACAUCUGCAGAGACAACAUCCAGAAGUUACUGUCGUAGGAGAUCACGUGAGUUCCUUAAAUGUUGCCUCAUUUGUAACUACGUCAUUGUACAAAAUCAUUUUUACGCUUAUUACAUUGAAGAAAACUUAUCCUAGUACUAAUAUAAAUUAAU